AUGGGAAAAACUAGCAAAGUUGUUGUUUGUGGAAUGAAAGGAGUGGGUAAAACUGCGAUUUUAGAGCAGCUUAUUUAUGGUUGCGUUAGUUUAAAAUCAUCGUUCUACCCAACAAUUGAAGAUAUAUAUGUUGCUAAUAUUGAGACUGACCGUGGUACUAAAGAACGGGUAUGUUUCUAUGAUACAGCUGGUUUGGAACCUCCGCUCACAGGCGAGUUAAAAGGACCUCCACAGUCUCCUACUAUGCAGCUAACAGCUAACCAAGUUCUUCAGAGACACUACCUAGGUUUUGCCGAGGGCUUUGUUAUGGUGUAUGAUACUACAAGACCUGAAUCACUUGAUGUACUUAUGUAUUUAAAAAAGGAUAUUGAUAGAAAUAAAGACAAAAAAGAGGUUGUAAUGCUAGUCAUUGGGAACCGUACAGGGCCAGAUGAUGUGAAUUGCCUUGAAAAUACUUGUUCGAAGGCAUCAAAUUGGUGUUCAAAAGAAAAAAUUCGACACUUUGAAGUAUCGGCCAUGGACCGACCAUCAUUAUAUGAACCAUUCAUAUUUAUGACAACCAAACUUAAUCCAGUUCAAAAUAAGACAGCUUUCCCACAACUUAGUACGCUUAGUAAGUUAACACAGAAGAAUAAUAGAAGUGAAGCGAUGUAA